CGCGCCCGCCAGGCGCCCUGGAAGUCAAGUGUGCGGAGCCGUUAAGCGGGCGGCUCCCGUGGGGCAGCGCCGCGCGCCGCAGGGACCUGCCCUCGGGAUGAAGGACUCGCUGUCGCUGCUCGCCCGGAUCGCAGCCCACCCUGACUCUCGCUGCUGGUUCCUGGCCUGGGACCCCUCUGGGACCCUGCUGGCCUCCUGCGGGGGAGACCGCAGCAUCCGCCUCUGGGGCAAGGAGGGGAGUGGCUGGGUGUGCAAGUCGGUGCUGGGCGAGGGGCACCAGAGGACCAUCCGGAAGGUAGCCUGGUCCCCGUGUGGGAGCUACCUGGCUUCAGCCAGCUUUGAUGCCACCACCUGUAUUUGGAAGAAGAGCCAGGAUGAGUUUGAGUGUGUGACCACCCUGGAGGGACAUGAAAACGAGGUGAAGUCUGUAUCCUGGGCCCCAUCCGGCAGCCUCCUGGCCACCUGCAGCCGAGACAAGAGCGUCUGGGUCUGGGAAGUGGACGAAGAGGAUGAAUACGAGUGUGUGAGUGUCCUGAACGCCCAUACGCAGGAUGUCAAGCAUGUGGUCUGGCAUCCCAACCAAGAGCUGCUGGCAUCAGCCAGCUAUGAUGACACAGUGAAGCUGUACCGCGAAGAGGAGGAUGACUGGGUGUGCUGUGCCACGCUGGAGGGACAUGAGUCCACGGUGUGGAGCCUUGCCUUCGACCAGAGUGGGGAGCGCCUGGCCUCCUGCAGCGAUGACAAGACUGUGCGCAUCUGGCACCAGUAUAAACCAGGCAAUGAGGAAGGGAUGGUCUGCAGCGGUGCUGACCCCAGCUGGAAAUGCAUCUGCACCCUGUCUGGCUUCCACACCAGGACCAUUUACGAUGUGGCAUGGUGUCGCCUGACAGGGGCAUUGGCUACAGCCUGCGGAGAUGAUGCUAUCCGCAUAUUUGAGGAAGAGCCGCUCUCAAGUCCCCAGCAGCCCACCUUUGCACUGACCGCCCACAUGCCCAGGGCUCACUCCCAGGACGUGAACUGUGUGGCCUGGAAUCCCAAGGAGCCGGGGCUGCUGGCUUCAUGCAGCGACGAUGGAGAACUGGCAUUUUGGAAGUACCAGCGGCCAGAGGUUUGCUGAGAAACGCAGCAGUGCAGUGACCCCAGCUCACACCCACCUCCCUCCCCAGGCCAGGGACCAGCACAGCCAUGGGCAGCAACCGUUACAUGUUUUGCUAAGAGAAUACAUGUCCUGCAAAGGGGGAAAAGAGCACCCACUACCCCCACCAGGACUGCUCCAGUACUUGGAUCACUGGGGUAUCAUGGUGAACCCUACCCAAGUUACUGCUAAACUAGUGUCUUAAAGAUAGAUGAGGGUUGUCGGAUGUUUUUUGGGGGGUGUCUCAAACAGCUUCCCUAGGAAAAGGUUUGCCACGGGCUCAGUGGAUGGUAAGGGGGUGUGAGCAGCUUACAAAGGGGCCCAGCAUGAGUUCCUUUCUGGAGCUGAUACUAGCUUGGCAGGAUGCUUCAGCAUGUGGCUCUUUGCAAUAGUGCAACUCCUUGGAAGGAGCCGGGGCCAGGACCGGUUUUGGAGCUGGUCCCUGUUCUGGCCAUUACAUGGGAAACUGGCAUUUCCUAGCUGAGGGUUUCACUGGUGAGGGCUGUUCUUGACCCAGCGUGGUGUGGAGGGGGCUGCUUGCUGCCCUGUCAACCUGUGAUUGAAGAGUUCUAAUAAAUCAUGUACUGUCCCCCUAAA